GUCAGGGUUGAAAGGGGAAAGGUCGUCUGAAAAACAUGGCUGCUCCCCUGGAUGACAUGUUCUCCCUCUGCGUGGACCCCGGCAAAGUUGCCAGCUGCGUGGACGUCAGAUUUAUAGACAAUAUCAAGGGCAAGGGUCUGUUCGCUAAAAGAAGCAUCAAGAAGGGAGAAACCAUUUUCAUUGAACGCCCUCUGGUCUCUGCUCAGUUCCUGUGGAAUGCUUUGUACAAAUAUAAAGCGUGUGAGUACUGCUUACGUGCUCUGGAGACAGCUGAGGAGAAUGCAAGGAGGCUCAGCGGCAUCCCUGGACUCAGCCUUCCUUACCCUGAGCUCUGCUGUGUUCGACCGGAGCUGCACCAGGCCUGCCCUCAUUGUCAGGUGAUGUACUGCAGCAGCGAGUGUCGGCAGGCAGCAGCAGACCAGUACCAUCGGGUUUUGUGUCUGGGUCCAUCCCAGGAAGAUCCAGACCACCCCAUCAACAAGCUUAAAGAUGCAUGGAGGAGUAUGCAUUAUCCCCCAGAGACCUCCAGCAUUAUGCUCAUGGCCAGAAUGGUAGCCAUUGUCAAACAGGCUAAAGACAAAGCACACUGGCAGAAGCUGUUUUCACACUUCUGCAACCGGACUGCUAACGAGGAAGAGGAGAUCGCCCAUAAGCUCCUGGGGGAGAAGUUCAGAGGGCAGCUGGCCUUGCUACACAGCCUUUUUAAAACAGCACUUUAUGAUGAACAUCUGAGUCGGUGGUUUGUUCCUGAGGGUUUCCGCUCUCUGUUCGCUCUCGUGGGAACCAACGGGCAAGGCAUCGGCACCAGUUCCUUAAGUCAGUGGGUUCAUGCCUGCGACGCAUUUGAGCUUCCCGCCCAGCAGAGGGAGCAGUUGGACUCCUUUAUUGACCAGCUGUACAAGGACAUCGAGAAAGAAACGGGAGACUUUCUGAACUGUGAGGGUUCUGGACUUUUUCUGCUUCAAAGCUCAUGUAACCACAGCUGCAUACCCAACGCAGAGGCGUCCUUCCCCGACAACAAUUUCCUGCUUCACCUCAGUGCCCUUAGUGACAUCAAGCCAGGAGAGGAGAUCUGCAUCAGUUAUUUGGACUGCUGUCAGCGGGACCGAAGCCGUCAUAGCAGACACAAAAUUCUGAGGGAGAACUACCUGUUUGUCUGCUCGUGUCCAAAGUGCGUCUCCCAGAUGGAUGAGCUGGAUGUGACAUCAGAGGAAGAAGAGGAAGAAGAAGGCGAGGCAGAAGGUGAAACAGAGGGGGAUGAGAUGGAAGAUGAGAUGACAGAUGUCUGAUGAAAGACUUGCCCAUAUUGUUCUCUGCUGUUCCUCAUUUCUGCCACCAUGCUAAAGCGAACAUGAAGCCCAGAAGAAUAAAGACCAAACCAAAUCAUGA